UGUUGCACACUUUUCGCGCCGGUUUCCUUAAAUGCCGAAUACUUCCUGAACCGUAGGACGAUUUAAACCGUGUCGGUGUCCUGACACAUUUGAGAGAAAAUCGAUAUUAAACUUAUUCAGUGUUCAGUGAAUCGUGUGGGUGUAACGAAGCCUUUGGUGUCCUGCUGCAAAAACCUUUAAGAAUCAGCCGUAGCUGUGGAAAUGAAACAGGAGUACCAGGACCUCAUCCUGCAGGCAUGUGAUGCUUCAUCUCUGCGAGUCGGUGCUAAGAUCCAGACCCUGUGGAGUGGUUAUGGGGAGAUAGUCCGGCUGCACCUGGAGGGCUGUGACCGGCCCUCCGUGGUUGUAAAACACGUCAAGUUUCCAGAGGAAGCCGAGCAUCCCGGGGGUUGGAACACAGAUCGAUCCCACACACGUAAAGUGAAAUCCUACCAGGUGGAGACACAUUGGUACCAAAACUAUUCCACCAAUCAGAGCUGUCGCAUCCCUGCCUGCCUAGCUGCCUGUUCCUAUGGCGAUGAGAUGCUGAUCGUGCUGGAGGAUCUGGACGUGGCCGGUUACGAUCAGAGGAGGACGAGCGUUAAAGACAGGGAGAUAAAGGCUUGCCUGAGCUGGCUUGCUCACUUCCACGCUCUCUUCCUGGGUGUGGCACCGGAGGGUCUGUGGCCUGUCGGUACCUACUGGCACCUGGAAACCCGGCCAGACGAGUUGGAAGCCAUGGAUGACGCUGAGCUCAAAGCAGCAGCAGGCGACAUUGACAGGAUACUCAAUGAGUGCCGUUUCAAGACCAUCGUUCAUGGAGAUGCCAAAUUAGCUAAUUUCUGUUUUUCCCAGAGUGGGAAGGAUGUGGCAGCUGUGGACUUUCAGUAUGUGGGCGGGGGCUGCGGGAUGAAAGAUGUUGUAUAUUUUCUAGGAAGUUGUAUGGACGAGAGGGAGUGUGAAAAGAGGGUACCCGGACUGCUGGACUACUAUUUUUCAGAACUAAAGCUAUCGUUAAAAAAAGACAUAGACUUUCAUGCCCUUGAGAAAGAGUGGAGGGAGAUGUUUGCAUUUGCUUGGACAGACUUUCAUCGUUUUCUGCUGGGAUGGAGGCCGGGACACUGGAAGAUCAACCGAUACAGUAAACAGCUGACAAAGGAGGUUCUGCGCAAGCUGAAACAGUAAUCAGUAGUUUCCAUGCAGCAAGUCUUCCUGGGAUAAACACACAAAGCACCCAGGAAAUUUGUACAUACCCAUAACUAUUCCUGUGUAAUUUAAUGAAGCAUGCUUAUCACAUUAUUUGUUAGAAAAUAAGAGUUGUUGAACUGCUAAGGCAUUUUUACUUUUCUAUAUGGCCUACUGCAAAUUGGGUGCACAGAUGUAAAUUUAUGUCAGCACUUUAAAAGCAAUAUCACACAUUGUAAAAAGCAGGAAAUAUGGCUGAAAACAUUUCUGGAUUUUAUUCUAGUACAUGCAAAGAUUUAUUCAGUGGAAAUUAUUCCGGGUGUGCAGUAAUUAUGAAACACAGAUAAAAAUAAAGGCAACUAAUAGCAUUAUUAUUGUAGAAUGUGGGAUAUAAAAAAUACUAAAGCAAUAAUUUCUACAAUCUCUGCGAAUAGUUUGAGAAAGAAAAACUCAUCAGUUUUGCGGCACUUGAGGAGGAAAAUACUUCAGCGCUGAGACUUAGUCUGGCUGUGUGGUUGGACAAAAGCAUAACAUUUUCUCCAAAUGUAGUUUGCCUGUUAGGCAACUUACACUGCCCUCUAGUGGUGGAGUGCCAUUCCAACUAUCAGUCCUUUGUUUAAGAGGUUCAUUUGAAGUAGGCGUGGAAAAACUGAAAAUCUUACAAAUAAAACAAAUACACUU